AACUUCUCGCAACUUCUGAUUGGCUCUCUCGGCUUUCUCUGUUACCUGUCCGUGUGGGCGUGGCCUAUUUCCAGCGCACCUUUCCUUUCCUUCAGCGCACCUUUUCCACCCUCCCUCCUCGCGCGUUAAGGGUGAGUCCACCGGGGUGGGUGUCCCGUGUGUCCAGCCAUGGAUUCCGUCUCGAGCUGGAGCUGCGCGCGAGUGAGCACCUGGCUCAGAGGUGUGGAUUCGUCCCUUCAGCAGUACGCGUUUGAGAAGUGGAAGCUGUGUGGAACUGACCUGCUACAGUUAACAUCUCAGCAGCUGGACAAGCUUGGAGUGCAGAAGAUCGGUCAUCAGGAGCUCAUCCUGGAGGCGGUGGAGAAGCUCUGCAGUCUGACAUACAGUGUGUGUGGGGAGACUCUGCGCAGUGCAACAGAGAAGUUGCACGCGGUGGCUCACUCUCUGCAGAUGAACAUUCAGAGCCGCUGGCGCAUAAACACAUAUGACGGACAGAGCACCACCCAGCUGCCCACUGCAGUACUGCAGGCGGUGGUGGAGAUCAUCACUGCAGCGAAGGCUCUGUUCUACAUGUUACAGAGGUAUCAGUGUACACAGUUUACGGGACACAGUUCCAGCAAGAACAUCAAUACUUUGUGUAUGGAUCUAGGUUCCACUGUCCACAAGGACGUCACAGUGUUUGAAAAGGAGAAGGACAUCAUAUCUAUCUCUCGUCAGUUGGUGGGAAUCUGUGAUGAAAUUCUCAGCAGUGUUCCAGAGGCUGUUCUUACCCACAGUGCUCAGCUGCACAGUGUAGACCUGGUGCCCAUCUCACCUGGAGACCAACUGGGUAUUGAGAUCACGUCCACUGCAUCCAACCAUCACUACAUCUCUGGAACAGCAGCUGAGCCUCCAGCAGAGUUUGCAGAGAAGAUCUUGGCGGGAGACGAGGUCAUUCAGGUCAACGACCAGAACGUGGUGGGCUGGAGCAGGAAGAACCUGGUGGAGAAGCUUCAGGAGAACCCAAAGGGGGUGUUUUUACUACUAAGACGCACUCCGGUGUCUCUCAGACAGAAAGAGAAAACCAAAUCUGUAUCUGUCGCUCCAUUGCACAGCAAACCGGCAUCUGUCUCUUCAGAGAGGGAAGAGGAAGAGGAGGAGGACGAGACGAACAGGGGCUCCGUCUUUGAGAGAGUGGCUUCAUCCAUCCGCUCUAGUGUGUCCAGGGUCUCAGUGUCGCCCCCUGAUGGGCCACAGCUGAUAGUGCAGGACGACUCUGAGCUGUUAAGUGAUCAUAGCUUUGAUGGGACCCCCACUACACAUGCCCACCAGCAGGGGGCAGACUCUGGUUCAGUGUUAGAUUGCAGUGUGCGCACUGUGGAAAGAAGUCCAUCCUCCCUCAGCCUGGACUCCAACCGGGUCAGGGUUGGCUCCUGCCCUGAGAUGGUGGGCAACGUGGAGGAGAAGGAGAACAAGAAAAGCUCCACCAAAGGCACUCGGACAGCGAUGAGCCGUAGGCGGGUGUCGUGCCGUGAGCUGGGCCGGCCAGAUUGUGACGGAUGGCUGUGGAAGAAAAGGAAAGAGACGAGCGUGUUCGUGACUCAGAAGUGGCAGCGAUUCUGGUUCGUUCUGAAGGGAGUGACGAUGUAUUGGUACACCAGCCAACAGGAGGAGAAAGCAGUGGGCAUGGUGAAGAUCGGCAGCUACAGCAUAGAGAGCGCAGGAGAGCACAAGAGGAAGUAUGUCUUCAAGAUGUUCCAUCCCCGUUUCCAAAGCUUCUUCUUUGCUGCCGACAACGUUACUGAUAUGAGCAAGUGGAUCAAUUGUCUGAUCACAGCCAUUCAGAAAUACAAAAAGCUGCAGCAGAAUCCUCCAGACAGUGAAGCCGAGUGUUACAGUGAGACGGAGUCGGAGGAGGACGGAUCAAACUCGCCGCGUACGCUAAAGAAGAAAGUAUCUACGAAGGCCCAAUGCAACACACUCCCUCGAUCACUGGGGAGGAAGAACAAACCAGCUGGAGGCGCUGCAGUGACCUCUUCACCAGCAGGGGGCAAUAAAGGUGCAGGUGAGGAUGAGAUGGGUGAGCUGUUUAAUAAGCUGAAAGAGGGAGGAGUGUCUCUGAUUGGUCAGAAUCAGCCGGUCACUCAUGAUCAGCUCAGGAGGUCGUUUAUCCGCCGAAACAAAAACCCUGUCAUCAACGAGAAGAUCCACACACUGCGUGCGCUGCAGAGCACACUCAAGGCAAAGGAGGCGGAGCUUGUACUCCUUAAUAAGCUUCUGGAAGAUUCUGAGCUAACGCCGCUGAAGUUCCGUCAGUGGAAGCAGCGGAACGAGGAGCUGCACCAAGAGAUCGAGAAGCUUGCUGCUGAAAAAAGAAAAAAACACACAGAAACGACCACAGGGAAGACAGCCAGCGAGGCCUGCAGUCUGAGCCUGAGCGAUGGAGAGCAACUGGUGGACGCCGAGCUGCCUAGCAACCAAGAUCCCCGGCCGGAAAACUCUGGCAGAAGAGCGGAAAGCAACUCCCCAGAUAAUUACUUCUACAUUUGAGCUCAUCGAAUGUAGAAGUACAGUACAUUUGAGCUACUGGUCACUGGGGUUUCUUUAGACCUCUUAUUUAUGGAGCAGUCCCAGACUCUGACCAGUGUCCAUUCAGAGCCUGGUUGGAACUGAUGUCAAAUGUUUCCAUUUGCCACCUUGUUCUUAUGAGAAAAACUUGAUGUGAGUGUUGCUAAGCAACAUUAAUAUUUUUAAAGCUAGCUUGCUAAGCUAGCUAGUUGUAGUGGCUCAUUUUGAAUGAGUUCCAUUUGUUUUAUUCAUAUAUACCUAUUUUUUUACUUAAGUGGAACUCCAAAGACCAGGUGACCCACCAGUUAGUGAGGUUCAUUACUGCACUGGCCAACAUUUUAUAUGUAUUUGUACAUUUAUCUUUUAAAAUAUGCCUAGAAUAUGAAUUGUUGAUUCAUGAAUAUGAAUAUGAAUUUGCAUAGAAAUAGCACUGGACUUAUAAGAAAGAAUGUGGGAUGAGUCUUUGUCAUUGUGCCCGUGCAGUGAUGGACCUUUACUUUUAUGACCGCGUUUUCAAUCAUACACAGAAUGAACGGACCCUUUAUAAGCCAUAUUGUCUUCACUGGAGAGAAAUCCAAGUCUUCAUGUUACCAGCAGGAUCUGCUUUGAACCAGAGAAGUGCUUAGUGGACACUCCAAAUGCAACACUGGACCUCACACCUGAUUGGGAGAGUGAAUUGUCCUCUCUAUGCUCCGCCCACAAUGUUGGGUAAGCUCUACAGAACUCUGAUAAAAAUCCCAUUAAACCUAAUGAGAAACUGUAGAACAGACCCAGUUUAUAUCACAAUACCUACAUUUAGAGUCAGUUAUUCAUU